UCUUCAGAAAUUGAGGUCAACAUGGUGGCGGAAGGAAACCUGGAGGUCUUACAGAUUUAUAAGCUGCUGCAGUAUGUUCGAGAGAAGAACAAACUACAGAUAAAAAAGAUGGUUAACAUGGGUGUUUUCAACCUGAUAGAUCUAACUGAACCAAAACAUGGACACAGUGCCUUAUAUCUGGCAUCUGUGGACAAUGAUGAAGACAUGGUGCAGUUCCUUCUGGCCCUGGGAGCUCAUCCUGACAUACAGGACAAGAAGGGCUGCACCCCAGUGAUGCUGGCUGCACAGUUAGGCUACUACAAUAUUGUGGCACUUUUGGCCAAAAAUCAUGCCGAUAUGAACCUGACAGAUGAAGAGGGACAAGGGGUGCUGUUCUACUGUAUCUCUCCCUCUAAAGGACAUGCUCGCUGUCUGCAGAUGGUGCUUAACAGCAAUGCAAAUGUCAACAAUGUUUCUAAAUCAACGAAGCCAGUGCUUGUGUUUGCCUGUGAAAAUGCAAAGGACUGUGGAGAUUUAUGCAUGAGGAUUUUGGAAAGAGGAGCUGAUCCAAAUGUAGUAGAUGAGGUCACAGGUCACUCAGCUCUCAUGAAGGCAGCUAAAGCUGGUGCUGUGGAGCUUGUCAGAGCUAUUUUACAAAGGAAAGGGAAUCCCAAUGCACUUGAUAAAGAAGGACAGCGGGCUGCCCAUUUUGCAGCAGAGGGUGGCUUUCUUGAGGUUUUACAGGUUCUGUCUGCAUACUCUGCUGACUUUUGUGUCUUAACUAAAAAGGGUAACACACCUCUGCACUUUGCUGCUGCUGGCGGAUUCAAUGAGUGUUGUAGAUUUCUGGCUCAAAGAGGAUGCAAUCCCAAACUGAAGAAUGAGGAUGGUCAACUUCCAAGCCAGGUAGCCAAAAGCAAUGGUCAGAAAGCUGCGCUGAAAGAGCUCAAGAAAGCAGAGAAAAUGUAUUUGAAGCUUUCUGCACCUGCUGCUGUAAAUCCUAACGAAUUCUGGGCCAUCGCCCUUCACGACUGGUCCUGUGAACAUGAGACAACCUUGCGCAAAGCCUUUCAAAAAGAAGAGGGACUGGAUAAGCCUGUGGAAACUGUUUCUCUGGAGACAUUUAUGUCUUUGCUGCAGGUGCAUGAAGCUCCAGUAAGUAAUGACAAUCUGCAAAAGAUCAUCAAGAAACAUGACAAGAACCGUGAAAGCACCAUCAAUGUCAAUGAGUUUUUCAAAGGUCUCCAGUACCUCCAGAAGGCCUUUGUCAUGUCAUCCUACGCCCCUAAGCAGAGUAGGAAGGAAAAGGGUGGCAAGGACAAAAAGAAAGUUAAAUCUCCUUUACCCUUUCCCAUAUGCACAAUGCCCCCUGAGCUUGUUCCCAGGAGAGAGGAUAGUAGACAACCUUACUAUAUGAUCGAGAAGUAUCAGAACUUUACUGACACCAAGCGUUUCAACCGAAACCAUCCACCAAUUCAUCCUGUUGAGGAUGACUCUGCUUGGUAUAUCAAUGAGCCUGAACAGGUCUAUACCAACAUCCAUUACUGUGUGAAGACUGGAGAUCUAGAAUCUCUUAGCCUGGCAUUCACCCAGCAUGUUCCUGUUGAUGUUAAAGACCGAUUCUUUAAGACACCUCUAAUGACUGCCUGCAGCUGUGGCAACUACCAAGUGGCUAAGUUCCUCAUUGCACUGGGGGCCAAUAUUAAUGCAGUAGACCAGUUUAACUGGACGCCCCUUCACCAUGCUUGCCAUGCAGGACAUGUAGACAUUAUCGACAAGCUGGUGCAAUCUGGAGCUCUGGUGGAUGCAGUGGCAAUGAAUGGAGCAACUCCACUGAUGAGAGCUAUUGAAAGCUGUCGAUUCAGCUGUGUAGAGUACCUCAUCAAAGUUGGAGCCAAUGUCAUGGCAGAGAACAGCAGAGAGGAAAAUUGCUUGGACAUUGCCAGAAAAUACGAUAAUGGUAAAAUAAUUGAUUUGGUCAAAGCCAAGUUUGACAGUCUUCCAAAACCUAAAGAUAAUGGGAAAGGAAAAGGAAAAGAAAAAAAAACAAAACCAGCUUCAGUACAAGAGAUGGGCAUUCAUUUACCAGCACUAUCAGUUUCAGCGGCUGUCAAAAUGGACUUGAAAGAGAACAUUAUAAUAAAUAACCCAAAGUUCCCCAUUAGAAGUGCCACCAACAAGCUUGACAUUAGCUUUGCCCCCAAAACCCUGUGGGGAAAACAGCUCACCAACCCUCCACAUCACACUCGGAAGAAAGGUAGAGCACAGGAAGCCUUUUGCCAAGCAGAUGACUCUCAAGGACCUGAUAUCCUUUAA